AUGGACCAUAAUCAUGUUUCAAGAGAGAUGGACGAGCCGCCUCUGGAGAUUGAUGAAGAACUGACUAACCACAAUGAUUCAUCAUCCAUUGAUGAGCGAAUGUCCAACUACACCGCUUCUUUGUCUUCAAGUGUCAUCGACUACCCCGAGGAGUAUGGCAGACGCUAUCAUGCCUUUCGCCCAGGAACGUACCCAUUACCGAAUGACGACAUCGAAUCGCAGCGUCUUGACAUGGCACACGAGCUGAUCGUCAGGCUCAUCGGCAGCAGACUCUUCUUGGCCCCGAUACAGAGAGACAAGGUUCUACGAAUCCUUGACAUAGGGACCGGCACCGGCAAAUGGGCCAUUGAAAUGGGCAGCGUUUUCCCAGACGCAAAGGUCAUCGGAAACGACUUGAGUGCGAUUCAACCCGCCUGGGUGCCAACCAACGUCACCUUUGAGAUCGAUGAUGUGGAAAGCCCUUGGGUUGGGAAUCAAAAGUACGAUUACAUCAUGUGCCGAUACAUGGCCGCUGCAAUCAAAGAUUGGCCAGGUCUGGUUAAAAAUAUUCACGACAACCUGAAGCCCGGGGGUUGGGCAGAGUUCCAGGAUAUGGAUAUCGAGCUCUACUCAGACGAUGGAAGUCUGACAGAAGACCAUGCCACUAAAAUCUGGAGCAAGACAUUUGUGACAACCCUUGCCAACAUGGGCUUGGAUCCUGCCCCAGGCCCGAAGCUUGAUGGUUGGGUCCGAAACCACGGGGGAUUCGACAAAGUGUUCCAUCGCAAGUAUAAGGCACCCGUCGGGCCUUGGCCAAGGGAGAAAUUCCUUAAAGAGCUGGGCAUGCUGAACCUCAUCCAGACUCUUGAUGGGCUUGAAGGCUUCUCAUUGAGGAUGUUCUGUGGCGUUCUCGGGCGAACAAAAGAAGAUGUUUUGAAACAAAUAGCGGCUGUCCGUCAAGAGCUUAAGAGCGGCGUAUUCCAUUGUCAAUUUGACAUUCAUGUUGUAUACGGUCAGAAACCCCUGACAAGUAAGACUACUGAGUCAAAUUGA